AUGGAUCUGGAUCUUGCGUUAAGGACUGAAGAACCCCCUACUCCUACGGCGGAGAGUACUCCUGAAGAGAUGAGGGAUCAUGAAAAGUGGGAUCGCUCAAACCGCAUGAGCAUAAUGAUCAUUAGGCGCGACAUCCCAGAGGUGUUUAGGGGCACUGUUUCUGAAGACGUUACUACUGCCAAAGAAUUCCUUGCUGAGAUUGAGAAGCGCUUUGCAAAAAGCGAUAAGGCGGAGGCAAGUACUCUUCUUCAGAACUUGAUCUCCAUGAAAUAUCAAGGCAAAGGAAAUAUCAGGGAAUAUAUUAUGAGCAUGUCUAAUAUUGUCUUCAAACUCAAGGCACUAAAGUUUGAAAUCUCAGAAGACUUACUCAUACAUUUGGUGUUGAUUUCUCUUCCUGCACAGUUUAAUCAGUUUAAAGUAUCUUAUAACUGUCAAAAGGAUAAAUGGUGUCUUAAUGAGCUCAUUUCAUAUUGUGUGCAAGAAGAGGAAAGACAAAAGCAAGACAAGACAGAAAAUGCUCAUUUUGCAAGCACCUCAAAGGCUAAGGGCAAAAGAAAGAGAUCGGAGGAUCCCAAGAAGGAAGCUGCUAAGGGUCUAGAACAAAAGAAACAAUCUUAG